UUGACUCAAAACAUGGGUAUAUAUUCUUGGCAGAAAGUACAAAAGUUUUCUUAUGGUUGUGGAGCAUGACUGCAAAUAAACAUGAUAUUUUUUCAGUUUCACUUCAAUCAAUAGCACAUGAUCUAACGCUUGACAUGGCUAAAGAGAAGAUUUAUUGGCGAGUUUCAAAGGGAAAUGUUUUUUCUUGUGAUUACUACUGCCAUGAUGUAAUUGAUUUUGGAACUUCAGGAGGUCCCAUGGCAGUAUUUAAAGAUUUCAUUUAUAUCAUAACUAGUGUCGGACGAAGUGUCGUUAGUGUCCAAAACACAACAGAUCAACGUACGAGGCGUAAAUAUUUUCUUCCUGUAAACAACGGUUAUCUUGAUUUGGCUGUAGCUAUACACAAUAUCACUCCUGACUCAAACGCGACAAACACUUUUCGACUUCCUUUAUGUGGACCCAACACUUACUAUCGUAAAAUUAAUGGAUCAUUAAGCUGCACGUGUAUGAAAGGAUACUCAGGAGAAUGUAACUCGUGCCAGGUUAAUAACCCUGUAAGACUUCGGGGACCAAAAAGUUCUAUUGGCAAAGGUCGUGUAGAAGUAUUUUACAAUGGAGAAUGGGGAACAAUUUGUGAUGAUGGCUGGGAUAUAAACGAUGCUAAAGUUGUUUGUCGACAACUUGGUUAUGACAAUGCUGUCAGGGCUUUACUAGGAGGUAAUGUUCCUUAUGGCAGUGGAAGAAUAUGGUUAGACGAAGUUCGUUGUGUAGGAAAUGAAAAUAUUAUUUCGAGUUGUUCACAUACAGAAUGGGGAUCACAUGAUUGUAUACAUUAUGAAGAUGCUGGUGUACAAUGUUCAGUUAAUAACCAUGUAAGACUUCGGGGACCAAAAAGUUCUAUUGGCAAAGGUCGUGUAGAAGUAUUUUACAAUGGAGAAUGGGGAACAAUUUGUGAUGAUGGCUGGGAUUUAAACGAUGCUAAAGUUGUUUGUCGACAACUUGGUUAUGACAAUGCUGUCAGGGCUUUACUAGGAGGUAAUGUUCCACAUGGCAGUGGAAGAAUAUGGUUAGACGAAGUUCGUUGUGUAGGAAAUGAAAAUAAUAUUUCGAGUUGUUCACAUAGUGGAUGGGGAUCACAUAAUUGUACACAUGAUGAAGAUGCUGGUAUACAAUGUUCAGUUAAUAACCAUGUAAGACUUCGGGGACCAAAAAGUUCUAUUGGCAAAGGUCGUGUAGAAGUAUUUUACAAUGGAGAAUGGGGAACAAUUUGUGAUGAUGGCUGGGAUUUAAACGAUGCUAAAGUUGUUUGUCGACAACUUGGUUAUGACAAUGCUGUCAGGGCUUUACUAGGAGGUAAUGUUCCACAUGGCAGUGGAAGAAUAUGGUUAGACGAAGUUCGUUGUGUAGGAAAUGAAAAUAAUAUUUCGAGUUGUUCACAUAGUGGAUGGGGAUCACAUAAUUGUACACAUGAUGAAGAUGCUGGUAUACAAUGUUCAGUUUUCAACUCUGUUAGACUUCGGGGACCAGAAAGUUCUAUUGGCAAAGGUCGUGUAGAAGUAUUUUACAAUGGAGAAUGGGGAACAAUUUGUGAUGAUGGCUGGGAUUUAAACGAUGCUAAAGUUGUUUGUCGACAACUUGGUUAUGACAAUGCUGUCAGGGCUUUACUAGGAGGUAAUGUUCCACAUGGCAGUGGAAGAAUAUGGUUAGACGAAGUUCGUUGUGUAGGAAAUGAAAAUAAUAUUUCGAGUUGUUCACAUAGUGGAUGGGGAUCACAUAAUUGUACACAUGAUGAAGAUGCUGGUAUACAAUGUUCAGUUUUCAACUCUGUUAGACUUCGGGGACCAGAAAGUUCUAUUGGCAAAGGUCGUGUAGAAGUAUUUUACAAUGGAGAAUGGGGAACAAUUUGUGAUGAUGGCUGGGAUAUAAACGAUGCUAAAGUUGUGUGUCGACAACUUGGUUAUGACUAUUAUUUCAGGGCUUUACUAAGAGGUAAUGUUCCUUAUGGCAGUGGAAGAAUAUGGUUAGACAACGUUCAAUGUGUAGGAAAUGAAAGUAACAUUUCGAGUUGUUCACAUAGAGAAUGGGGAUUGCAUAAUUGUAUACAUUAUAAAGAUGCUGGUGUACAAUGUUCAGUUAAUAACCAUGUAAGACUUCGGGGACCAAAAAGUUCUAUUGGCAAAGGUCGUGUAGAAGUAUUUUACAAUGGAGAAUGGGGAACAAUUUGUGAUGAUGGCUGGGAUUUAAACGAUGCUAAAGUUGUUUGUCGACAACUUGGUUAUGACAAUGCUGUCAGGGCUUUACUAGGAGGUAAUGUUCCACAUGGCAGUGGAAGAAUAUGGUUAGACGAAGUUCGUUGUGUAGGAAAUGAAAAUAAUAUUUCGAGUUGUUCACAUAGUGGAUGGGGAUCACAUAAUUGUACACAUGAUGAAGAUGCUGGUAUACAAUGUUCAGUUAUCAACUCUGUUAGACUUCGGGGACCAGAAAGUUCUAUUGGCAAAGGUCGUGUAGAAGUAUUUUACAAUGGAGAAUGGGGAACAAUUUGUGAUGAUGGCUGGGAUAUAAACGAUGCUAAAGUUGUGUGUCGACAACUUGGUUAUGACUAUGCUAUCAGUGCUUUACCAGGAUUUAAUGUUCCAGAUGGCAGUGGAAGAAUAUGGUUGGAUGAUGUUUCUUGUGUAGGAAAUGAAAAUAAUAUUUCGAGUUGUUUACAUAAAGGAUGGGGAUUGCAUAAUUCAGUAUGUACCAUGAAGAUGCUGGUGAUACAAUAUGAUCCAUAA